UCACGGUUGAGAAUGCAGCUGGCUGGCAGGUGAUAAUAUACAUUCGAAGCUGAGCCUGAGCGUUUGAGUAUUAAUCAGCUCACAAGCCGGUUGCAAUGGCAGUGGCUUCAUGGUGUGGGGUGAGCGAGCAGGCUUGGGUCUGAGCGGAGCAAGAGUACGUCUUUGUACGGGGAUUGUGUCUAGACGCCUCUCGCUCAUGACGAUUCCCGACCAUCCCUAUCACUUUGGCACGAGGUUUAAACGACGAGGAAUUCUUCGAUGAGUGGUUACCAUGGCUCUAAGUUGUUCGAAGGUUGAAGAGAAGGGAAUACAUGGCCCCGCAAGGAGAAAUUACUCAAUUGCGGAAGUAAGCUGGGGACCUAGUGAGCUGCCACCUAGAGCAUGAUCAUAAUUGACAGCUUCGUUUCCUUUUCAGAGACCAGACCAUGGAAACUAUUGGUUUUUUGGGUGCUGGGAUGGUCUAUGGGGCGUACAAAGUUUAUAAUAAUAAGAAGGAGAAGCAAGCAAAGAAGAACGAUCCACAACUGAUCUUCCCCACAAACGAUCAGCAAGAUGACGCAAGAGUGCUGAAGAUCAGGAAACGUGUCAUCCUCGGAAGGCUGGUCUAUGCGAUGUACGACAGGUUCAAAGGCAAACCUGUAAAAGAAUACCAGGAAUGGUGGACCAAGGUGCACUAUCAUCUGGUCCCGUUGGAGUCAGUAUUGACUACGGACGAGCUCAAUCUCUAUAAAACAGAACUGAAGAAUGAGCGUGAGAACAAGUACUUCGGUGUCUUCCGACGAAAUGAGGGCAGUCCUUCAGCCGAGGCUCCAGACUGGGUAGUCGCCAUCCGGGGAACCCAUAUCAAGGCUUUGGCGGAUCUUCUAAACGAUUACAAGAUCGUGGUGGAGAAACUGCACUCGUCAAAUAUGAUCCCACUGCUGCAGGCGGUGGUCUGCCGUCUCGGGGCGCAACAUGGGUACUGCAACGUGAACGUGACGGGUCAUUCACUCGGGGCCGCAGCGGGCUUGCUGGUCUGUCGAAGGCUGGCACUGCAGGGCUGUCUGGUCGAGGGCCACUUCUUCAAUCCUCCGUUCGCCACUCUGGAAUCGAUGGCGCGCACCUGUUCACAUGUUGUGAAACAUGCAAUCGAGGCAUUUCCAGGCAAGGGUGAAAAACUCUUGCACGCUGGUAAGCGCCUCGGGAAGAAAUUUCUUCAUCAUGUAGUUACCGAUGCAGCGGUCGACAUCGAAAGGAGAAGGCAAGCAUUAGCCGAGUUCAAGACACUGGCCGAAGCCAAUUGGUCUCCGUAUCUCUAUGUCAACAAAUAUGACUUCAUCUGCUCGAAGUUUCUCUCACACUUCAGGAAAGCAAUCCACGGAAGCGUCGAUGAGAAUCAGAAGAAGUGGUAUUCUUCCGUGAGACGGGGAGAGACGGAGUCGUUCCAUCUGUUUCCUUGUGCACAUUUGGUUUCGAUUGAGAUCUACCAGAUCCGGCCCAUUUCAGCACACAAGUUGUGGAACUGGAUGGAUCCACAUGUCUCGUAUGAAUUCAUGCAGGCCAAACUCAUCCCAUGGCCUCUUACCUAGAAGCGCAUGGGCCGAAGGCCGAAAACUGAUUGGACCUUGCAAAUCUAAGAGCAUCGCAGCCUCAGCACACUCCAUGUUCCAGCAUUCCCGAGUCUCGAUGUAGAGGCGAUCGGGGCGAAGCCUGCGAUCAAGUAAUUUCUCAGGAAGGAUUCCACAAACACUAGUGGUUAUACCAGAUUCUGGUACAAGCACUAGCGUUUGUGGAAUCCUUCAUGAGGAAUUACUUGAUCGCAGAAAGAAAUGCCUGAUGUGUAAAUCUCGCGUGUGUAGCAUAGAAGUUGUCGUAUGGCAUUCUCCAAGGCCUCUAUUACUUUGAUUCUCCACUUCAUCGGCGGCAGACAGGAGCUUUGAAGCUCUUGAAUUAGAAGGCUCCAUUGCCCAGAAUAAUUCUUUCCAGGGAUUGUAGUUGGGUCCAAUUUCGAUCGAACUCGGAUAUUUACACAGUUGCACGUGUAGUGUGCACUUAAGUGUGAUGAUGUCCUCUUUUAGGCCAUUAUGAGAAAGUCACAUGAAGCUCGAAUCGGAAGUCAAUUUGUCAAAUCUUGAAGGUAGUAUGCUGCCAGGCAGUUUUGAAGAAGAGUCUACUGAGACUGUAUCACAGGUCCCGCCAGUUCAACGGAAGAGUAACUGGGGGGCUGAUAAUUUUACCUUAAUUAUCUCCCCAGUUACUCUUUCGUUGAACUGGCGACUCUUAAAAUUAUAGAGAACCCCAUUAGCUACCCAAAGUACAUGGAUUAUCUCUCUUGUGAAAAAAGGGCGACAUACCCUCUAUUGUAAAUGCUACGUAUUCUUAUAAAGGUUUAGUUAA